AUGGCCUCCUCGAACGCCGCGAAGAGGCUCAUGAUCUUCGGCGGCACCGGAUUCGUCGGCUCCGCCAUCGCGCGGGAGGCCGCGCGCCGCGGCCUGCUCGUCCAGUGCGUGACGCGCGGAGGCGACGCGCCCGCGCAUCUCAGAUCGGAGCCGUGGGCGUCGCGCGUGACAUGGCUGCGGGGCGACGCGCUGGACCCGGGCACGUACGCGGAGCACAUGCGCGGCGCGGACGCGGUCAUCACGUCCGUCGGCAGGCUCCCGUUCCCGCACCUCACGCGCGACGUCAUCGUCCGCGACAACGGCGAGACCAACGUGGCGCCCGCGAGGUGCGCGGCGGAGGUCGGGGUCGAUCGUCUGGUGGUGAUCGGGGCGUCGGUGCCCAAGAUGAUACCGGGGGUGGGAUGGGGAUUUGCGCCCGGCGGGGGGAUUCACGACGCGGGGUACGCCGCGGGUAAGGCGAUGGCGGAGGCGCACGCGCGGGACGAGUUCGUGGGAGGCGACGCGGCGCGACGACGCGGCGCGGCGGUGCUCAAACCUGGGCCCAUCUCGGGAACCAGGAUCGUCGGAUCCGGGCCACUCGCGCGGGUGCCGCUGUGGGCGGCGCUCGGCCCUCUGGCGUCCGUCAUGCGCGCGCUCCCGCUGCCGGACGCGGUGGCGCAGAUGACGCCGGUGCACGUGGAUAACGUCGCGCGAGCCGCGGUGGCGGCGGCGACGGAGGAUUCCUUCGCCGGAGCGUACUGUACGAUAUCAAACGCGGAGCUAAUCGAACGAUUCGGCUUAGACGAAAGCUCGCGAUGAACGAAGGCGUCAUCCGCGACGACUCUCGACUCUUAGAUAGAAGAACGAACGGACGAACGACGAUUGAAUGCUCAACGUUGAAUGAGAUC